ACCUCCGGGCCAAUGGAAAGCUUCCGUGGGCGUGUUCACUGACGCCGUGCACUCCUUCUGGUCGAGCAGCGUGGGCUAAAGCAGUGUGUCUGGGAGAAGUAACUGAUUCAUUCUGCGACAACAGCGACUUCUAGCUGAUUCAGAAUGGACUCCUCCUUGAGUGCAGCUCAAAUCCGUGAGAAGUUUAUCGACUUCUUUAAACGCCAUGAGCACCAGUAUGUCCACUCGUCAUCCACCAUCCCUCUGGACGACCCCACGCUGCUUUUUGCCAACGCUGGCAUGAACCAGUUCAAGCCCAUCUUCCUCAACACCAUCGAUCCCUCCCACCCGAUGGCUCGGCUGCAUCGUGCCGCCAACACACAAAAGUGUAUCCGUGCAGGAGGCAAACACAACGACCUGGACGACGUGGGUAAAGACGUCUACCACCACACCUUCUUCGAGAUGCUGGGCUCCUGGUCCUUUGGCGACUACUUUAAGCAACUGGCCUGUCAGAUGGCCCUGGAGCUGCUGACUAAGGAGCUUGGCAUUCCCAUUGAUCGUCUGUAUGUCACCUACUUCGGAGGUAACGAAGAUGCCGGUCUGGAGCCCGACCUGGAGUGCAAGCAGAUCUGGAUGGACUUGGGGGUGGAGGAGGCUCGCAUCCUGCCCGGCAGCAUGAAGGAUAACUUCUGGGAGAUGGGUGACACCGGUCCUUGCGGUCCCUGCAGUGAGAUCCACUACGAUCGCAUCGGAGGCCGAGACGCCUCUCACCUGGUGAACAUGGACGAUCCCAACGUGCUGGAGAUCUGGAACCUGGUGUUCAUCCAGUUCAACAGAGAGUCAGAAACGGAGCUGAAGCCGCUGCCUAAGAAGAGCAUCGACACGGGGAUGGGUCUGGAGCGCCUGGUGUCUGUACUGCAGAACAAGAUGUCCAACUAUGACACUGACCUCUUCGUCCCAUACUUUGAAGCCAUUCAGAAGGGCACCGGCGCUCGGCCGUACACUGGCAAAGUAGGUGCUGAGGACACCGACGGCAUCGACAUGGCCUACCGUGUGCUUGCUGACCACGCCCGCACCAUCACCAUCGCCUUGUCAGACGGUGGUCGCCCUGACAACACAGGAAGAGGCUACGUGUUGAGGAGGAUCCUGCGUCGUGCAGUCCGUUACUCCCACGAGAAGCUGGGAGCUCAGAGGGGCUUCUUCGCCUCUUUGGUGGAUGUGGUGGUCGACUCCCUGGGCGAAGCUUUCCCGGAGUUGAAGAAAGACCCAGAAAUGGUGAAGGACAUUAUUAAUGAGGAGGAGGAGCAGUUCCUCAAAACCCUCAGCAGGGGACGCCGCAUCCUCGACAGGAAGAUAAUGAGUCUGGGAGACAGCAAGACCAUCCCAGGCGACACUGCAUGGCUGUUAUAUGACACAUACGGUUUCCCUCUGGACCUGACCUCCCUCAUCGCUGAGGAGAAAGGCAUGGACGUGGACAUGGCCGCCUUCGAGGAGGAGAAGAAGGCAGCACAGUUAAAGUCACAGGGUAAGGGCGCAGGAGACGAGGACCACAUCAUGCUGGACAUCUACGCCAUCGAGGAGCUGAGAAACAAGCAGACCCCGGCCACAGACGACUCUCCCAAAUACAAAUAUACCUCAGACGACAGCGGCAGCUAUGACUUUCAGCAGGCCUCAGCCACAGUGCUGGCUCUGCGUCGCGAUCGUGCCUUCUGCGAUGAAGUGACCACAGGUCAAGAGUGCGGCGUUCUGCUGGACCAGACGUCCUUCUACGCAGAGCAGGGCGGACAGACGUUUGACGAGGGCUACCUGCUUCGAGAAGACGACAGCACAGAGGACCGGAUGGAGUUCACUGUAAAGAACACGCAGGUUCGAGGAGGUUACGUUCUGCAUGUGGGUACCGUCUACGGAACACUGAAAGUUGGAGACCGUGUCACUCUACAUGUAGAUGAGGCUCGUCGUAGGCCCAUCAUGAGCAACCACACCGCCACGCACAUCUUAAACUUCGCCCUGAGGGGAGUUCUGGGGGAGGCAGACCAAAGAGGUUCCCUGGUCGCCCCCGAUCGAUUGCGCUUUGACUUUACUGCUAAAGGUGCCCUGAGCACUGGUGAGGUCCGCCGGACUGAGGAGAUGGCUUGUGCCAUGAUAAGAGAUGCUAAGCCAGUCUACGCCAUGGAAGCACCGCUAGCAGAAGCCAAGGCCAUUCAGGGUCUGCGUGCCGUGUUCGAUGAGACCUACCCCGACCCGGUCAGAGUCGUGUCCAUUGGUAUUCCUGUCCAGAAACUGCUGGAUGACCCCACCAGUGCUGCCGGUUCUCUGACCUCCAUCGAGUUUUGUGGUGGAACCCAUCUGCAGAACUCGGGUCACGCCGCGCCGUUUGUCAUCGUCUCCGAGGAGGCCAUCGCUAAGGGCAUCCGCCGCAUCGUCGCUGUGACAGGAACAGAGGCCCAGAAGGCCCAGAGGAAAGCCGAUGCCUUGCGGCAGUCUCUGUCUGCUCUGGGAGACAAGGUGAAGCAGCAGACGACCCCGAACAAGGACAUCCAGAAAGAGAUCGCCGACAUGACUGAGUCGAUAGGCACCGCAGUGAUCUCUCAGUGGCAGAAGGACGAGAUGAGGGAAACCUUGAAGGGAAUGAAGAAGACCAUGGAUGACCUUGACCGCAACUACAAGGCCGACAUCCAGAAGAGAGUCCUGGAAAAGACAAAGGAGGUGAUCGAAAGCAGCCCCAACCAGCCGCUGCUCAUCAUGGAGAUGGAGACCGGAGCCUCAGCAAAGGCUCUGAAUGAGUCACUGAAGCUGCUGAAGUCUAAGUCCCCUCAGACCGCCGUCAUGCUCUUCACCGUGGACGCCGACGCCGGCAAGAUCACCUGCCUGUGUCAAGUCCCACAGGAUGUGGCCAACCGUGGACUGAAAGCCAGCGAAUGGGUUCAGGAGCUGUGCCCCCUGCUGGACGGCAAAGGAGGCGGCAAAGACAUGUCGGCUCAGGCCACCGGCAGGAACACACAGUGCCUGCAGGAGGUGCUACAGAUGGCCAACAACUUUGCACGUCUGAAACUGGGAGAGAAUUAAGAGGAGAGAGGAGAGAGGAGGAGGUGAGGCUGCAAACAUAUCAGGGAGGAAACUGGAAAUUGGUUAGAAACACUUAAAUAAAAUCAGUUCCUCUCCUCUUUUCUUCCUCCUGUAUGUCAGACAGAUUAGAAACCUAAUAAAAGCGCUCUCCAUGUUGACAGAUGACCACUGACACUCAGCCAGCACUAAAUGAGCCACUCGUUUUUAUUGGGACUGUUCUUGCUGACUCGCCCCAGUAAAAUCCAUCUGUGUGGAAUGGCUUAAAUAUACAUAAGAGCCUCUCCUGCAGUUCUAGCUAAAGGGAGAUGGCAGACAAAUUUAUUUUAUCGUUUCAUUCGUUGCAUGUUUGGAUGCAGAGUAAAAGAAAAGGGAUUGCACUUUUGAAUCAUUUAGCCUCCUGCAGGAGCCGUGCAGCUCAGACAAAGCGACAGAAACUUCCACCUCACAUUUCUUUUCUUAGCACAAAGUUGGCUCUUGAUGAAGCACCAUCCUGAUCCUGUGUGUUUGUGUUCCAUCUCGCUGUAGCCCCGUUUGUUUAGAAACAACCCCGAGGCGCUUUUGUCUUUCCUUUGGCUUCCUGUACCACUCGAGCCCAGCCUCAGAAAGAAAAAGGAAGAAGCGGGCCUAGCCGUUAAAUGGCUUAGCCACAGAAUACACCGUGUGUUCUCGGUUAUCUGAAAGCUGUUAAUCUGAUCUCUGAACAGCGGCUCCGUCCGUCUGCGUGAGUGAAAGCCUGUUUUCUCUUGUUGGACUGUACAUGCAGUAGCUGUAUCAUAGUCUUGCUUUUUCAAAUAACAAGCCGAUGUCUGACACAUGUAAUGAGUUUAAUUUAGUAAAUUAACACCUUAACUGUAUAAAAUGAUCGUGUCCAGUAACAAAUCUGUGUAACUUCAUGUCGUUGACAUUUGAUCUUGAUCGAAUGCAGAAUGUCUUCUCAUUGUAGCUGUUCUACGUCAGAGAAAUGUCAUGUUAUGGGGAUGGAAUAAAUACGACCGGUAAAUACCA